AUGGGGUUGGUCUUCUCGGAGGCCAUGAGCGACAGCCUGAGGGGACAGCGGGAGUUUCUGCGGCUGCAGCUGGAAAGGCAACUAGUACUGCAGAACCUGAUGCGAGAGAGACAAACAGCCAUGCUGAUUGCUUGGACACAGGAAUUUCUCAGGUAUUUUGGGACUUUUUUUGACUUCUGCUACACUUUAACAACUGGAGCAAUAAAAAGGAAGAACCCAGCAGUUUUACUGCCUAUACUUCUCUUAAGCUUUGUAUUUUCCUAUCAAUAUGAUAUGGGCUAUGGGACACUGUUGCAAAGGAUCAAAGGUGAAGAAGAGAGCAUACUUGACACACAGACCACUUUGCUAGAAUUGCCAAAAGGACCUCUCACUUAUAAAGACUUGGAGAAAAUUAGAAUAUCUCAGAGUAAAUUCUUCAUAGAAAAAUAG